AUGAGUGGAAUCGCAUUGAAAUUAACCUCGUUGUUGGUGAGAACGGUAGCCAAGCCGUUUGCCAAUGCCAUCAAGGCCCAGGCCAAGGAACACGAGGUAUUUCGCCAAACCUGCAUCAAGAUCGCACAGACGGUCCACUCCACCGACCUCAGGUUAAGAAUGUCGUUGUUGGGCGAAAAGAAGAUCAAGAUACGGCCAUUGAACGAUAAGAAGGCAGUGGACAGCGGAGCCACCUUUUUGUCAGAAUUGUUCAUUUUCAGCGUAGCUGGGUCAUUGAUCUUCUACGAGAGUUAUCGCAGCAGAAAGAAGGCUAGCGACCAGCACGACGCCUUGGCUGAUGACAUCUCCAUCUUACAGAACGAAAUAGAGUACUUGAAGGGCAAAUUCAAGGAGAUGAACGUCAAGUUGGAUGACUACCAAUUGCCGGACGGAUUGCGUCCCAAGGCCUCCAAGGACGCCAAAGACGCCAAAGACGCCAAAGACGCCAAAGACCCCCCACAACCCGCAUCGGAGCACCCAAAACCCACACCAGCAUAG